AUGUCUUCACGAAAACCCGCGGAUGUUGCAGCGAAAGAGCGCAACGAGUACAUUCCCGCUUUCAUCUCGAAAAAGCCAUUCUACGUCGAUGAUGAUGUGAACAACGACUAUCUGGAGCAUCAACGUCUCCAGAAAGCCCAACCCGAUCAGUCGAAAUGGUACGAUCGAGGAAAGCGUGCGGGCCCAGCAGCCACCAAAUAUCGCAAAGGCGCGUGCGAGAAUUGCGGUGCGAUGACACACAAGACAAAAGAGUGUCUUAGUCGGCCCCGAAAGCAGGGCGCCAAAUGGACCGGCAAAGAUAUCCAAGCAGACGAACUCGUACAGAAAGUUGAUAUGGGCUGGGACGCCAAAAGAGAUCGAUGGAAUGGCUACGAUGCCAGUGAAUACCGCCAGGUUGUCGAUGAAUAUGAAGAAAUGGAGAAGAUCAAGAAAAUGGCGAAGGAGGAUUCAGAUCUCAAGAAGCUCGGUGAAGAGGGCGAUGACGGCCCCGAUUCGGAUAUCCGCUACGCUGAAGAAUCCGACAUGGGACGCCAGCAAAGUACCGCCACCCGCAAUCUCCGUAUCCGUGAAGACACCGCGAAGUACUUGCUCAACCUUGAUCUCGAUUCGGCCAAAUACGACCCCAAGACACGCCGAAUGGUGGACAUGGGCGCACAGGAUGACCAAGCGUCUGCGCUUGUCGCAGAGGAAAACUUUGUCCGCGCUUCAGGAGACGCCGCUGAGUUUGAAAAAGCGCAGCAAUAUGCUUGGGAAUCACAAGAAAAGGGCCACACUCAACUGCACAUCCAGGCCAACCCUACGUCCGGAGAGGUACUCAGGAGGAAGGAGAAGGAAGACAGUGAGAGUAAGCGUCAAGCUCAUCGCAAGGCUCUCAUGGAGAAAUACGGCGGUGAUGAGCACUCACAAGCAACUGCGCUGCGAGAAACCAUGGUUGUUGAAAACGAACGAUUCGUGGAAUAUGACGAGAGUGGUGCCAUCAAGGGUGCGCCUAAGAAUGCAACCAAAUCCAAGUACCCCGAGGAUGUGAUGGUCAAUAAUCACUCUUCAGUUUUCGGCAGCUGGUGGUACCAAUUCAAGUGGGGAUACGCAUGUUGCUAUUCCACUGUGAAGAACAGCUACUGCACCGGGGAAGAUGGAAAGAAAGCGUUUGAGGAAGAGGGCAACAUGUUGCUGAUGGAAGAAGACGACGAGAAGGAGACCGAGAACACUGACAUUGCGGAUCCCUCCCAUGGGUCUGAACCAGUCAACAGCCGGGAGGAGAAAAAUGAAACUACAAAUGGGAAAAAGCGAACUCUGGAGGAACUGCAGACAGGUGUCACAGAGGAGGAGUAUGAAUCAUACAAGCGAAGCCGCUUGGCUGCUGAUGAUCCCAUGGCGAACUUCAUCGGAAAAGAUUGA